AUGUAUAGACUCGCUACAAGAAGAGUGUUAGCUCAAACCACACAAACUUUCUCCAAGAGAACCUUUUCAAACCAAGGAUUUAGAGCCGCAAAGGCUUCUAAAACCAACAUGUACUUGGGUGCUGGUAUUGCCUUAAUUCCAGUCAUUAUGUCCAUUAACUACUUGAAUGGGAACCAUAUUGCGAAUGAAGUUGACGAAAACAAGGUUGAAGAAGGCAAAAAGAAGGCAGAAUCUACAGGAAAAAAGGAAUUCGUUGAAAAGGCCGAAAAGGAAGCCAUUGGUAAAGCUGAUGUUAAAACCAAGGUUCCAGCAGAAGAAGCCAAUCCAGAAACUAGAACCGAAACUGACAAGCCAUCGGAAGAAUCCCAAAAAGAUGAAGAAAACUCGUACGAAGGUGCAGCAUACAACCCAGAGACCGGGGAAAUCAACUGGGAUUGUCCUUGUUUAGGAGGCAUGGCCCACGGACCAUGUGGUGAAGAAUUCAAGGAAGCCUUUGCGUGCUUCAUCUACUCCGAAUCAGAACCAAAGGGUAUUGAAUGUAUCAAGAAGUUCGAAAGUAUGAGAAAUUGUUUCAGAGAACACCCAGAACACUACAAGGAAGAAUUAUACGACGACGAAGAACAAGAACCAUUAGUUGACGUUAACGAGAAGAAGGGAGAUGCUUCAGAACAAUCUGCCGAAACUAUUGCUGACGACGCCACCAAGGUAGUCAAGGAAAAAGCUAAGGCUGAAGAUUCCAACACCAAAUAA